GAACAGUUUCCCCCCAUCCCAUUUACGAUUAGCAUUGGUCUGGACAUGGUUCUCUGGCUAUAAAUAGAGUACAUUGAGGGUUUCAAUCUUCACACCUCAUAUCCAACAAAUUACACACAGGCAAAGGCAUUCAUUCCUAAACAUGGUAGGCAUGUGGUCCCUAUUUCGGGAGAUUGACCAGAGCAAGACUACAUGGGCGAUAAAAGCUAGGGCAAUAAGGGUGUAUCGUGAACCAGCCCAUGAUUGCUUUCCAGAAUCGCUGGAGGUUGUUUUCCAUGACGAAGAGGUGUGCACGUUUAUAUUUCAUUCUUUUGAUCUAAUACUUUUGCAUUUAAGCAUAUAUGUUGACAUUUUGACAAUAAAUAUCAGGGAUCCAGGAUGCAUGCGCACAUCCCUGACCAGUUCAUCAACAAAUUCAUUGGCAUAUUCAAAGAGGGGCGGGUUUUUGCAGUGAAAAAUUUUAUGGUUGAGGAGAACUACAUGUUCUUUAAAACGUCAACAAGUGCCUAUAGACUCUGUUUUUUUAACAAAAGUGCUGCCUUUGAGAUCAGGGGAGUCCCAUUUCCCAUAAGAACUUUCUCAUUGGUGUCUUUUGCUUCAUUGCAAGCUCAAGACAGCUUAGAUGAAAAAUAUGGAAUUGGUGCGAAUUUGAUUUACCUUUGCAAAAAUAACAAAGUGAAUAUGACUAAAAUAGACCCACUAAUAUCCUUAUUCUAUCCAGACCUAAUAGGCCAGGUUGUUCAUGAUAAAGACCCAAAAACAAUUUUGAAGAAUGACAGGCCCCGAAAGCUUAUGGAGAUGGUUUUAGGAGACCCCGAGGGGAAUGUUAUUGCAUGUACUCUUUGGGGACCGAUGGUUGAGAUGCUUAUGACUUACAAGCUCACAACAUCAGAACCAAUUGUAAUGCUACUCCAGUGUUGCAAAGCUAGAAAGUACCAAGGCCAUGUUCAUGUUUCCAACAUGUUCAACACCACCAAGGUUAUUUUAAACGGGAGUGAGGAAGAAUUUGUGGAAUUCAAGUCAAGGUAUAUGGUUUUUGAAAAUCUAUUAUAAUAAUUGCUACCACAAGCAAAUAAAAUAUGCACGUAACUUAUAGUACAAAAAAUUAUAUCAGGAUGGCUGAAAGGUCCAAUAAGGGACUUCGAUUUUCAAUAACAACAGACAACUCAGACAAUGGUGACAUAGCAACUGGCCAGCUAGAUUUGAUCACUAUUGAGGCUCUUACAAAACUUCAGGAGGAUGGGAAGUAUUGGGUUUGCGGAGAAAUUGUGGCUAUAGACAGCCACAAAGAUUGGUCCUACAUUUCUUGCAUAGGUUGUAACAGGAAGGUUUCACCUAAUGGAGAUAGCUUUUGCUGUGUCUCUUGCAAUUCAAAUGAUGCGGUUCUUAGGUUUGUAAUCUGCACAUAAAUCUAGGUUUUGAAACCGACCACAUGAUUGAUAAAGAAGAUAUCUUUAAUGUAAUUAAUGUAAUCAGGUAUAAAGUGAACGUCCGUGUUGUUGAUGGCACAACACAUGCC